AUGAAUACUUUCAAAGAGAGUUUAAGUUCAAUCUACUUCAAUAAAAUCUUACUAAAUAACAAUUGUGACCGACGUGUGUUUUCUAUUUCAGUAACAAUUCAACCUUGCGACAGCGCGCGGCGAUCUGCUCAACGGAGAAGAGACUCCCGCCUGGAAGUAUCUGCGCCGGCUCCGAGCGCGGAAAGCCUGCAGGCGCUAGCGCAGGCGGUGGGCGCGGCGGGCUUUGAAGCCUACACUGAGGGCAAGGCGCUCGUCAAACGCCUCAUACCAGCUCAGACGCAGCCCGAUCUCGAUGUUGUUGAACAUCAAGGAAUCAUAGGCCGCGCCGGUGUAGACUUUCCGGCGUUCCCGAGCAUUCCCAACACAGGAUUCAACUGUAAGAACGUGCCCACUGGAUACUAUGCCGACCUGGAAACCGAUUGCCAGGUAUUUCACAUCUGCGACACAUCACGCAAGAUUUCGUUCCUAUGUCCUAACGGUACCAUCUUCAGCCAGUCGCACCUGAUCUGUGACUGGUGGUUCAAGGUGGACUGCGCCUCCGCUCCCGCCCUCUACGAGUCCAGCGCAGAGUACUACUCCAACGAGCAGAAGAAGACGCAGAGGGUGACUCCUACUCCGAUCAAAGUCCCUGACCUGCAGCACAUCGGCGAGUCCAGCAUCAGGCCUGAACCAAAACGCGCACCUAUUGUUCCAAAUACUACUGAAAAACAGCUGAGAAAUCAAAAAUAUCAAGCUGAAAUCCCACCUAGCGGCUUUAAAGCAUCCAGAAGAUUCCAAACUCUGUUCCCAGAACCUAAUCCCACUCAGAAAACUCAAGGCACUACACCAUUCAAAAACAAACAAAAGAAUUUGGUUCAGCUCAUAGCUAAUAACUUUGGUAAUGUUCCAAAAAGGACGACCGUCCCCAUAUUUGAGUAUUCUACUAGACGCAAUUUCAUAGGUUUAAAUGAAAUGCAGGUCGCCGCAGAAACGGCUUCGUUCGCUCGCAAUCAGAACCGCCAGUACUUACAGGACUACAACAAGACUUACCGUCCUUACCCGGUUUAUACACCAAACCUAACGUCCGCACCGGAAAAAACGAAAGCUAAUUCAAGUCUAACUACUUUGUAUAAUUUAAGAGAUAAGUAUUUACCAGAAACGACACAAAAACCAACAACAAAACCAGUAACUUCCGCUCCAUAUAGCAAAAGCUACACCGAAAUAAAUUAUAAUCAAGAACCUUAUACGAGACCCGGCAUUUCUUCCUUGAAAGACUUCCUUGAAAAAGAAAAAAAUAAAACAUUAGCUAAAACGACAACAACUGAAAAGUUCGUUGAGGUUUCUUCUACCACAAACAAACCGAACAUCAUAUCAGAAGAUAAAAAAGUCACUAUUGAAACCAAGAGCAGUUUUGAGUCUGUUACCAAAAUACCAGACGUGACGCGUGAAGAUGAUGAUUCUAUUGAAUCAUCGUCAUCAGAUAGAGUAAACUCAUAUACUACAAAUUUCGUUCCAGAAACAACCGAACCGUCAUAUCAAGAACGUAGAGAAAGGUUGAUUAGUAAACUUAACUUCGAAGCGUUUGGGCCAACAGAACCAACAUUCAAAGCGACCCUGACAGAGAAAUACUACGGCAAUUUGCCGAAUAGACCAGGACUCAUUGUACCACCAUCACUGACACCUAAAACUCUUCACUCUCUCGCUAUUUACUACGCAACUGGACUGGACAAUUUAGCAACAACAGCAACACCCGAAGAUGAAGAAAAUACUACCACAACAUUUGAUGAAUACGACACUGUAGAAGACGGGCUGCCAGCUUUGUUUAGUCAGCACACUGUUAACAAAUAUAGUAGCCUAUUUGGACAUGGAAAUAAUAAUGUCGAUCUACGAGAAAAUAUGAAACUUGACCCUAAUAGUACUUAUAACGAACUAGUGGAUGAUCUAUCUACACAAAUGAGUCAGAACCCACUGGCCGCGUCGCCACAAAUUAGAGAACUAGCACAGGUUUUUACACACGCUCUAUCUGCAUAUCUUCAAGACCCAGUACAAUUUAGAAAGGUCCUAUCAGACAUAAGGCCGACGCCGCCUAACUUUAGGGAUAUGUUGACAACGGAUGAACUGUUAUAUAACACUGAACCUACAACUACUAUAAAUGAAGAUGACCAAGAAAUACUUGGAUUUUCCGAUGAACACAAAGAAAAUGCUCCGUCGGUUUCAUUAAGGCAAGGAAAGGCUAUUAAAACAAGCGCUGAACUUACUACUAUAAACUACCCAACAACCACACCGACCCCAACCACUACAGACAUUGUAACGACUCCAUCUACGACUACCACAAUCAGGACUCCCUUCAAAUGCUGCGGUAGAAUAUCAGCGUCAUACACAACUGCCGCGCCAUCGAAAGAACCUUUUACAACAUCGAGUCCAUUUACAAAUACUGCCGCUGUUCAAAUUAAUACAUUAUCAAACAAGCUAGAAGAGAAUAUUGUUUCUACGACGGAGAGCAACGAUAAGAUACGGGUAUUCGGUGGAUUCCAAAACAAUCAAUAUCAGGACAACGGCAAAAAUACAGAAUCGUUUGACGAUUACGCUGAAAUAACAAAGUUACCUUCGGCUUGGGGAAUCGACGCUACUUUAGCACCCGCUACAAAAGGCAAUAUUUUUGAAAGCAAAAGAAUUAAAUAUACCAGCAUAUUUGCUGAAACCACGCCUGUAUACUUUACUGAAACCGAAAGUUUUGAAUUGGACAACGAGGAAGAACUGCAACGAGCUCACAGUCAAUCUUUCAUUACACCACAAGGUAACAAUGUUAGACAGGGAAAACAAAUCAAUUACGAUGAAACAAAAGGCAAUGUGAAAAAACCAUCCGAAAACUUGGAGGCACCGACGCCAUCUAGCAUAGAGACUACUACAUUCCUAACAACUACGGAUCCUACAACAACUUUGAAAGAACAACCGGAAUCCUUACCAACCAUAUCUUCCAUUUCAAACAUAUUCACUUCUCCAGACAGCGACAAAACUACCUACCAGUUACCUACAACCUAUGAAAAUUGGCAAAGCACAAUUAUGCUCGAUCCUAUAACUCUAAAUGAUGGUCUAAGCGUAACUGGCGGCGACCGCAACGACUCUGAUCAUGAACAGCAAACUAGUUCCUGGUCAUUGACUACAGUUACAACUCAGGAACCUGAAUAUACAGAAACAACUGAGCCCUCAACAGUCGCUAGCGGUCUAGCAACGCUCAGCGGGAGAACACAAGAGAGAUAUGGUAGACUUCUAAAAGAUUCUACCACUAACACUCCUCAAGAAAUAACAACAGACACCGUUAUAGAACAAGCAAAGGAAAUCAUGGGAGGCAUGAAUGCGACGACAACGGAGAAACUAAUGAACGUUAUGAUGAAAACAAAAUCAAAAACAGUCAAGAGACUUAUUUUACUGUUGAUCCAAACAUGUGACGAUGACCACAACUCAACCGCUGAAGCAUCUAAGAGGGCUUUACUUGAGGCUUUAAUGGCCGUUUCUCAAAAAGAUAUGGAAGAAGUGGCCAAAGAACAAGCGGCGACAGAGUCUCCCAGUACGACGCCUGAAUAUGAUUACGUGAAAACCACAGUAUUCAGAAGACGAAUGGACAGUUACCCAGAAAACAUCGAAAGUGAUAGAAGAGGCAAAAGUCUAAGGUUUGAUGCUAGUGAUAUUAAUUCUUUAUCGCAUUCUACAACUAUUGAAAGCUUUAAAACUGGUGAAACUGAAAUACCGACUACGCCAAUCCCGACUACAGUAGGUGUUCGUAAAAGUAUCAAAAAGACUGCUACAAAGACAAUAUCAGAAAAUGUCAAUUAUCCAUCAGUUAACUGGCCAUCAGCUCAAGCUAGAGUUGCUUCACAACCUGUAAAUUUAAAAGGCACAUCGGAUACAAGAGCACUAGAAUUGUUAAGAUCGCUUUACACUAUCGCCGCUAGAUGGGGUUGAAAACAGAACAAAUUUAAUGAAGGUUAUGACUACUUUUUAAUUUAAGGUUUGUUUUUUUCUCUCUAAUUUCUUGCCUUAAACUGAUGGACAAUUAGUGUUA